AUGAUCUCUACUACGAGCAUUCCACAACGAGAGGCGCAACCCUUCCUCCCCUAUCCUUUCACAGAAACCCAACCUCCCCCCCACCUCGUCACGCAGGGCGCCGAAGCGCUCCUUUAUCGCACGCAUUUCCUCACACCCUCCACCGCUGCCGCAUUGAAGGCACGUCCAAGUAAACCCUACCGACACCCAACCCUCGAUGCCCGACUCACGAAACAGCGCGUCCUUGCCGAGGCAAGAGUGCUAGUCAAACUCUCUGCUUUGGCAAGCGACCCAGACAAUGAAGUCAAAGUCCCUGCUGUGUUCAAUCUGGAGUGGGAUGCCGCAAGGAAGAUCAAUGGCUUGACUGAAGAUCAGCGAGGUGCACGGAGGACUACGGCCGCAGGGGCAUGGCUCCUUAUGGAAUGGAUCGAAGGGAAAAGUGUCAAAGACUUGUUGCGCGAGUGGGAUUCGUGGUUCAUGGCAACAGGCUCGACUGCGUCGCCGGAGGAGGUCCAAGCCCAGGUAGAGGCAGUGAAGAGGUUGCUCCGCAGGAUUGGGAGAGCCGUGGGCGCAUUGCACAGUAAAGGCGGAGUGGUCCAUGGUGAUCUGACGACCAGUAACAUCAUGGUCCGGCCCGCUACCAAUUCCUCGACAUCAAACGGGUCGGCCGCUCCGACGAUUGACGAAAAUGCGCAGGCAGAUGACAUGCCGGCAAGGCCACCGAACUUUGAGGGUGAGAUUGUGCUGAUCGAUUUUGGCCUCGCCACGCAGUCGGUCCAAGACGAAGACCGUGCAGUGGAUUUGUAUGUCCUUGAGCGGGCUUUUGGGUCAACCCACCCAAGGCAAGAAGGUCAAUUCGAUGCCGAAGUGCUACAAAGCCAAGAGGGCUACAGAGGCAGUUAUAAGGGCGCCAACGUCGUGCUCAAAAGACUCGAAGAAGUCAGGUUGAGAGGCAGGAAAAAGAGUAUGAUCGGGUGA